AUGAUCAAAGAUUCCGAGCUGCAUCUCAGUGUAAAGGACAUCAGUCAUUUCUUAAUGCAAGACAUUGCAUUUUUGUCCGGUGGCCGGGGAAAGGACAAUGCUUGGAUCAUUACAUUUCCAGAAAAUUGUAAUUUCGGAUGCAUACCAGAAGAAGUGAUAACAAAAGUACUGACUUAUUUGACAUCUAUUGCAAGGAAAAAUGGAUCUGACUCCCGGUUUACCAUUAUUCUUGAUCGAAGAUUGGAUACAUGGUCUUCUAUCAAAGUCUCUCUCCAAAAAAUCUCUGCUUCCUUCCCUGGGAACUUACACUUGGUAUUGGUUCUACGUCCAACCAGUUUUCUUCAACGAACUUUUACAGACAUUGGAUUUCGAUUUAGUCAGGAAGAUUUCAUGCUCAAACUACCGGUUGUUAUGCUGAGCUCAGUUAGUGAUUUGCUGACAUACAUUGAUGACAAGCAAUUAACCCCUGAGUUAGGCGGCACCUUGCAGUACUGCCACAGUGAAUGGAUCAUCUUCAGAAAUGCUAUAGAAAAUUUUGCCCUCACUGUGAAAGAUAUGGCUCAAAUGUUACAAUCCUUUGGAACCGAGCUAGCUGAGACAGACCUACCGGAAGAUAUUCCUUCAAUAGAAGGAAUUCUUGCAAUUCGUGCUGAAAAGUAUCACCUGUUAAAGAAUGAUAUUACAGCUGUAACCAAAGAAGGAAGAAUUCUGCUAACAAAUUUGGAAGAGCCUGACCCUGAAGAAGCUAUCAGUUCAAGAUUUGAACAUCAUGAGCAAAUAAGUGGUGACUGGCAAACUGUGAAUAAAUUGCUGACUCAAGUACAUGAUAUGGAAAUUGCUUUUGAUGAAUUUUGGGAAAAACACCAACUAAAAAUGGAGCAGUAUCUGCAACUAUGGAAGUUUGAGCAGGAUUUUCAAGAGCUUGUGCGUGAAGUUGAACUUCUAUUAAAUCAACAAGCAGAGUUGGCAGAUGUCACAGGGAAUAUAGCUCAUAUAAAACAAAAAAUAAAACAUUUGGAAAACUUAGAUGAAAAUUCUCAGGAUUUGUUAGCAAAGGUCCAGUUUGUGAUUUUACAUGGACACAGACUUACAUCAAAUCACCAUUAUGCACUUGAUUUGAUCUACCAGAGGUGCACCGAGCUACAUUAUCUUUCUGAUAUUUUGGUUAAUGAGACAAAACACAAACGGAUACAACUCAUCUGGACCUUCGAAAUGCAUAAACGUCUACAGCAGGCUCUUCAAUGCUGUGGUGAAGGAGAAUGUCUUCUAGCUAAUCAGGAAAUAGAUAAGUUUCAGUCUAAAGAAAAUGCUCAGAAAGCCCUCCAAGAUAUCGAACAUUUUCUUGAAAUGACUCUGCCCUUUAUAAACUUUGCUACUAAAACCCUACAGUAUGAAUUUGAUGUACUUUUAUCCCCUGAACUCAAGAUUCAAAUUCAGACUGUACAACUCAAGCUUGAAAGCAUUCGAACUGUAUUUGAGAACCAACAAGCUGGUUUCAAGAACCUGAAAUAUGAGCAUGUGAGGCCAAUCCAGUUUGAGGUACCUGCUUCCAACAAAGCGAUCAUACCUAAAGCACCCUUUUUUUCACCUAAACCUGGGAAGAAGACUUGGAAACAAAAUCAGAGCAACUUAAAAAUUGAAGUGGUGCAUGAUUGUCUGGAGAAGAGAAGUUCUGGUCCAUCCUCCAGUUUGAACAAUAACAAUACCUUGGAUGUUUUAAAGAACCAUGUCCUAAAUGAACUAAUACAGACUGAGAAGAUUUAUGUUCGCGAGCUGUUUACUGUUUUGUUGGGCUAUAAAGCAGAGAUGGAUAAUCCAGAGAUGUUUGAUCUUAUGCCACCUCUCCUGAGAAAUAAAAAGGAUAUUCUCUUUGGAAAUAUGGCAGAAAUAUAUGAAUUCCAUAGCAACCUUUUCAUGAGCAGUCUGGAAAAUUGCAUUGAUGCUCCAGAAAGAGUCGGACAUUGUUUCCUGGAAAGGAAAACUGAUUUUCAGAUGUAUGCAAAAUAUUGUCAGAAUAAACCCAGCUCAGAGGCAAUUUGGAAGAAGUAUUCAGAAUGUGCUUUUUUCCAGGAAUGUCAAAGAAAAUUAAAACACAGACUUGGUCUGGAUUCCUAUUUACUUAAACCAGUGCAGCGACUCACUAAAUAUCAGUUACUGUUGAAGGAACUAUUAAAAUAUAGUAAAGACUGUGAAGGAUCUGAACAAUUAAAGGUGGCACUUGACACAAUGCUGGAUUUACUGAAGUCAGUUAAUGACUCUAUGCAUCAGAUUGCAAUAAAUGGCUAUGUUGGAAACUUAAAUGAGCUGGGCAAGAUGAUAAUGCAGGGUGCAUUCAGUGUUUGGACUGGACACAAAAAAGGUGCUACAAAAAUGAAGGAUUUUGCUAGAUUCAAACCAAUGCAGCGGCACCUUUUCUUGUAUGAAAAAGCCAUUGUUUUUUGUAAAAGACGUGUUGAAAGUGGACAAGGCUCUGAUAAAUACCCGUCAUACAGUUUUAAGCGCUCUUUAAAAAUGGAUGAAGUUGGAAUCACUGAAUAUGUAAAAGGAGAUAACCGCAAGUUUGAAAUCUGGUAUGCUGGGAAAGAGGAAAUUUAUAUUGUCCAGGCUUCAAAUAUAGAUGUGAAGAUGAUAUGGUUAAAAGAAAUAAGAAAUAUUUUACUGAAGCAGCAAGAACUUCUGACAGUUAAACAACAACAGCAACGUAAUCAGUUAACUGAACAGGACCAGCUUUCUUCUCAACAGAAUGAUGAAAGGCAACAGCAAGCUUUUAUUGUUCCCGAGAUAACUAAAUCAGAGCACACCAGCACUGUGGUAGGGGUCCAUGAGGCAACUUCGACAGUUCAGGCAGAAGCAAAUACAGUUUGGACUGAAGAAAUCUCUGAAGGCCCUGAGUCAUGGUCAAACAACUAUUUUUCCUCUUCCUAUGUUGACAAUGGAGAAGAAAGAACCCUACUGUCAGCAGGCAAAUAUAAAGCCUUAACAGAUUGCAGCAAAAGAGGCUCAGAAGACCUCCUGAUUAAAAAUGGAGAUGUCAUUCAGCUUCUCCAUGAAGAUGCUGAGGGUCAGUGGUUGGUGAAAAAUCUAAACAGAAGAAAAGAAGACCUGAUUCCAGGGGACAGUCUGAAGAUUUAAAUUGGUGACUGUAGGUUUCAGAAUGCCAAAUUUACAGAUGCUGCUCUGAGUAACUCAAGGAAACUAAGUUCCCCUUGAAUUAAAGGAGAAUUAAUAGACUUUUAAAAUUAAGAUUUCCUUUGAUGGUGUGACUAGAUUAUAUUUCUUAAAAAUAUUUCAGAUAAACAGCACAAGACUCAGAAUGAUUUGCUGCCCAUGGCAUUCACAGAAUUUCCUCAGGACUGAGGUGGACGUGGUCAUUCAUAGUUUGUCUCAUUCAUGCAAGUAUCUUUACACCUUCCAUUCCCCACAGAUGAAAAGUGCAGUGUUACUUUGUUUCCAAGUAUGGUUUUUCAUGGCAUGCAUUCAGAUUCCACCUAAAAAAACCUGGAAAUCAAUUAUUUUGAACAUUUAUAGGUAAAAGCCUUACCUGUAAUUUCGUUUGUAACUUUUCAGGAACAAAACAAAAAUCCAAAGAGGAGAAGAGAUAAUCAGAGAUUUUCACCCACUUCUUUAACUAAUAGUUUAUUUUAUUAUUUAAUUUUGUUAUCUAUGCGACUAUAAUAUACCAAAGGGAUAUGUUCUGAAGGACCUCUUUUGCACUUUGACUGGUAUUUAGGGUUUUUAGAGUUGUCUUAUAGUUUUAAAAAGAUCCAAAGCUAAAAAUCCUAUGGUUAGAAUGUGUUAAGUUUACAUUUUAUGCAUUGCAAUUUAGACCCACGUGUUACAGCUUUAAGUUAAAUAUUCAUAUAUGCACAAGAUGUGUUCCUGUAACAAAGUUCUACUUUCCAGUGUCUUCACUUGCUUUUGAAUUUUCUGGAAAAAUCUGUUCUAGUAAAAAUUUUCUUUAGUUAUAUUAUAUUUCAUCCUAGGAUUUUUUGAAAAUGAUACAUGUAUAGUUGUCUUUCUUUUACGUAUGUAAACAGUGUGAUGACUUGUUUUAAAGCACAGGGCCAGUUUUUGCAUGCAACGUUGAAUUUUUGCUUGGAGUAUUUUAU